AUCUUUCCAUCAUCAUUUCAUUACCGAGAGAAGAAGGAAUCGAACGCAGAACAGGGGAGCUCGGGGGAAAUUUUCAUAGCUCGAUUCUUGAGCUCUACUGAUCCAAAAAUCCCGUAAGUAAUGCCUAAUCCAUCCAUUCAUCGUAGUUUAUCGAUUUAGAGCUUUAAAACGAGUUUUUGGUUCAGGAAUUUCUUGAAUUCCCGAUAAGCCAAAUUAGGGUUUCGGAGUAUCCGGAAGCCGGAUUGAGCCCAAAUUUCAUAUACGAGCUUCCUGCAGCGAGGUAAUCAAUCCUCUAAUUCUAAUCCCUGAAUUUCGGCAAUUAUUUAGGCCGGGGUCCGAACCGCUGAAUUUAGCUCCGGCCAGGGUUUGAUAUGUUUUUAUCAAGAAUUUGACCCGAAGCCUAGAACUAAUAUUUACGGGGAUACUGCAGGGGAUAUUAGGACGGUCUCGGAUUUUAAUUCGGGGUUCGUUCGUGAAAGUGACGUUUUAGUACGGGAAGGUUAAGCCGGUGUUUGAACGGCCAGAACUGGUGAGGGAUUAGCACGGCAUACCGGGUUUGUCGUAUCACGAUAAUUAUAUUGAUGCUUAGAAUUGAUCUAGGUGAACUAGAAUGGCAUGAUUAGGGGUGUAUGAGCUUUUGUGCUAUAUGUUGAACCCUGGAUUGCUGUAUGAUAUUAUUGACUUGCCCUAAUCGAUAUGAACCUUGUUUAUGCUGAUGAUUGUGUAUAUGUUGCAAAUUGUGGGCUUGACUGUUAAUAUGCUUUACGAUGGUUCGAGAAGGUGAUUAGGUAUGAUUUUUCAUGAUUGUUGUUUUUGGAUGCACAAGUGGGAAAAUAUAUAUUCCCUGGUGAUAUUAUGAUGUUUAAGGAGGAUGACUUGCACGAGGGUUUAUCCUGAGGAAGUGCAAUUAUACGACUCCUGAUUUACCUAUGUCGAGCCAAUUAUGGCCAGGUCAACUACAUGUGCAAGUAAUGAAUUAUGAUUAAGCAAGAUGAGAUAUGAAUCAUGUAUAAGGAUACCAAAUAUGAGUGUUGUGGUCUCACGGUCAACUACAUAGUAAUUAGGGCUCCCUAUGCUAUUACUCUAUUAUGAUAUGUAUGAUAGUCACACCUCUCAUGUGGUAGUGACUAAAGAAUUCUUAUAAGAUAUGACCACACCCAGAGCGGUGUCGGGGUAUGACUACACCCAUAGUGGUGUGGGGUAUGUAUGACUACAUCCGACGGGAUGUGGGGUAUGUUUCCCGGGAGAGUUAUUAGCAUGGGAGUAGCCAGGCGCCUAUGAUUAAAACAUGAUAAGAUGCAUAUGCAUAAGUCAAGGUGGUUGAGUCUUUUGCCUAUUGGGAUGUCGGAGGGCUGAGAUCUGAUCCUAGUGCUUUGGCUUGUUUGCUAGAUGUAUGGUAGUGGUAUGCUAUGUUAUGAACUCACAAUGCUAUGAUUAUCUCACUCAGCUAUGAGCUGACCCUCUUUAUUCUUCUUCUCUGCUUAUGCUAUGUGUAAGCAUAUCAUCAGCAGCAGCAGUAGAUAGGUGUAUAGGUGGGAGCUGAGCAAGAGUUGAAGGCAAGAUGAGGUAUGGUCUUCAACUACUCUGUGCUUGGAAUACUACUCGGGAUUUUGGCCAGUGAUCCACACCUUUUUGUAAAAAUGUUUUGAGAACGUUUUUCAUGUGCAUACUAGCUUCUGAUGUAGUGUGAGAUAUCCACAGAUGUGGAAAGUUGAUGAUAUGUGUAUAUGUUGUGUAACUGUGUAAGUUGUGACGAUUAUGGUAUGUAUAAGUUUGGUAUGCAGUUGUGUAGUAUGAAACUGUGACUAUGGCUAUGAAAGUCCAUGUAUAUGGUUGUUAGUAUAUGUUUGUCAUUGAAUGCAUGGAUUCAGAUAAAUUAUUUUGCAGGUUUUAGUUACAAGAACUGUUAGCCCAUUACGCGAGUAAUUCAUGUCGAAAUUUUAUUUAGGUAAAUUUUGAUAAUUAAUGUAACACCCGAGAUUAAUUCCGCUGCAAUCGUAUGAACAAUAUGAUUAGGCAAAACGUAUAGGGUAGGGUGUUACAACUUGUGCGUCGGUUGACCUCGUAAGCUGCUAAAUGAUUUAGGAAGUCCUCUACCUACGAGCUGGGUUGUUUGUUGCUAUAGAGGUCUGGAGAGUUGCAUUGGUUUGAGUUAGGUUUGCUUGGGGACAAGCAAACGGUUAAGUGUGGGGGAGUUUGAUAGACCGUUAAUUACACAUGUUUUCACCCCUGUUCUUACACCGUUUAAGAUGUGGUCUCUCGUGUUUUAGACCGAUUUCACGCUAGGUUGUGCUUGUUUGUGAUAUUUCAGGUCCUGGCAAGUGAAUGAAGGUUUAGGAGCGAGUUCGGGGUCGAUUGGGCGAAGAUCGGGCGCGAGGCAAGUCACAAAGGAAGUCGCACGGGCACACCCACAACCCGCACGGCCGUGCAAGUGACCAUUUUGGCCGUGUGGGAUUGUGCGAGAGCAAACACGGGCAGAGCAGAAAAUCCACACGGCCGUGCAAGGUGAGCUGCACGGCCGUGCGACCCUGGCCGUGUAAGAAGCCUGGAAUUCAACUAAUUGAUACGCUGCGUUUUGACUCGCACGGGCAACUGGGUGAGCUGCACGGCCGUGCGGCCUGCCCGUGCGAGUCGGGAUUUUCGACUUUUAAGCAGAUUUUCAGCCACAAGUCGGGGGGAUUCGAGUUUUAGAGAGACAGAGAGAUUCCUAGAGAGAGAAAGCGACGAACAAGAGUCUCCAAGUGCCCUAGCUUGAUCUUCAUCACCAUUGGAGGUCAGUUUGAGCUUGGAGAAGUGCCGAUCAACGUCCAGGAGCAGGAAUCCAUCCUUCACAGUAUGAAUUUCGCGUCUGAUUCUGCUUUUGCUUCUUUCUCCAUGGAGUAGUUCUCCCAUUCAUCUGGGUAUGGAGAACCCUAGAUUUGUAUGUUAGGUUUGAUUGUAUAAACCCAAGUACUGAUUCUAUGAUUUGAUUAUAUUCGAUUGAGGUUUGAAUGAUUGAAUGACUUGAAUCCUGAUCAAAUUCCUGUUGUUUCUGCUUUAACCUAGAAUGAGAAUAUCUGCCUAGGUUGAUAGAGCGUCCUUGAUUGAAGGUAGGGAGUUGGUGACUUUAGUCGAGGAGCCAACUCACUAUUCUGUACCGGUUUUACUCCGGUAGUGGAGGUUUUGUUUGUUAAGCCUCAAUCUGUUUACUCCGGUGGAGGUUAGUCGCCCGCUAAGAGACUCGGAUUGAGAGGGUCUGAAGACCUUUAGUCGAGACUUCAGGUUGUUUAAGAACCUUCCGCAGUAUAACUAUCAUAGAAACUGAACUUGGUAAUUACAAUCCAGCUUAAUUGCAGUCUAGGGGGAACCAUAUCCGGGUGACCUCUCUUAACCUGAAUACAACUGUUUACUUGCUUUGUUAGUUUGUUAGUUUAGACUUGCAUUAAAGUUUCAUUGCUAGAUAACAAGAAUUCACUGAGUAGUCAUCAAAUGUAUGACCCGGGUUGAUAAUUAAACCCAAACCUGCUAUACUACGCUUUAGGAAGUGGUUUCACUUGGCCAAUUCCUGGAGUGACAGUAGAAGUGAGUCAAUGUCAAAGGAAAUACUGUAUUGAGUUGUUGAAGGACACAUGAUACCUGGAGUCUAAGGGAUGUAAGACACCAAUUGACACAAAGGUGAAACUAUCAUCACAGGGCACUUUGUUAGAAGAUGCAGAAGGCUAUAGCGUUUGGUUGGGAGGCUGCAUUAUUUAACCAUCACCAGACCUGACAUAGCAUUUGCUGUCCAGCAGCUAUGUCAGUAUAAAAAAACCCCUUGUGCAGAACAUGCAAGCAGCUUACAGAGUGCUCAGGUAUUUGAAGUCUUCACCUGAUCAGGGGAUUCAUUUUAGCAAUGAGGCUGAGUUAAAGUUGACUGGUUAUAGUGACUCAGACUGGGCAAGCUUCCCUGACACUAGAAGAUCCAUUACUGGAUAUUGCACUAUGCUUGGUUCUUCCUUGGUAACUUGGAAAUGAAGAAACAUACCACUGUCUCAAGAUCUUCUUCUGAGGCAGAAUAUAGAGCCUUAGCUCAUCUUGUGUGUGAAGUUGAAUGGAUGAAGAGACUGUUGAGUGAAUUGAUAGUAGAAGUGCAUCUACCUAUCACAGUAUAUUGUGACAACAAGUCUGCUAUACACAUAGCAGAGAAUCCUGUCUUCCAUGAGAGGACCAAGCAUAUCGAAAUUGAUAUGCAUGUCACAAGGGGGAGGAUCAAGAUUGGUUUGAUUAAUUUGAAGUACAUUAACACUGUUGAACAACUUGCAGACAUCUUCACUAAGGGGCUGGAUCGCUUCAGGCUGAAGGAGUUGCUUGUCAAGUUGGGGAUCAAGCCGAUACCGCCAAUUUGAGGGGGGCUGACAGAAUUGAAGAGUUGCAGGAAGAAAGCAUAAGAGAAGAGUUGCAGAAGUGCCAAUCCAGAUUGGGGAAGGAUUCGCAAUACAAAGGAAGAAGAAGAGAAGUAAAACGAUUGUGUUUUGUUUUAAGCUGAUGUGUUCUAUGAGAGCGGCAGCGUUUGGUUUACUUUCCACUUAGCCGUUAAGUUCACUGUUUUGUUUAAUUUGAACCAAUCCUGUAUGGACAACUGUCGUAGUUUGAUUAAUCAAAUUCCAGCUAUAUAAGCUGAAGGAAGUCUCAGAGUGAGCUGAGCUUCUUCUCCACAAUUCUGUUUUACAAAUUGUUAGCUCGAUUAAUGGAGGGAGGAAAUAUGGAUCUUGACACAUAAACUUUGUAGUGAGUUGAUUAUGGUCGGCUAAUUAUGACUCGGCCAAACUUCCACAUGCACUAAUAAAGGAUUGUGAAAUCA